CGAUUUCUCUGCGUCAAAAUUUCACCGGGGUGAAAGUGCAUCAAUUGUGAUUGUGUUCUUCCUGUGCAGUACUUUGCAGAGGAAUGCAAGCUUCAAAGACUGAAAACAGAAGAAAAGCAGAACCAUUCUACUGGCUGUCAGUGGCAAAGCCUAGGACCAGUUCUGAGAUUGUAAAUGAAGCCAGAGAUGCUCUACGAACAGUGAAAACUCAAAGACCAUUCACACCUACAGAUGAACAAAGGAAACUUUCUGGGUCUCAAUCCUCACGAUGUCCUCAAAAUAGACACCCUGUACUUUUUAGUCUUGAUACUUCCAGUUCUGAUUCAUCUGAAUCAAGACCGAAUUCUGGUGUUCGUCUAAGUCCACUGACUCAUAAACCAGUAGUAAUAAUUUCUGAAAAAAAAGAUGAAGCUUCUUCUGUUUUCCAUCCAACACCUCCUGCUGAUGCUGCAGAGCUUAGAAAAGUCAGCAAAGCUUGCAAAGGCUUAUUUAGAGCAACUUCUCUGAAAGAUUUAUUUUCUGCUAAGGUGGUUCCUCUGAAUCAGAAUGAAAUGAAACCUGAUUUUGAAGAGCCAACUAUGAUGAUGAAUAGUCUUGACAGAAGUAAUAAUAACUGCUUAACAGAACAAAAGUUGUACACAUCAUUUAAUGAUGAGAGUAGACAAUUAAUUUGUAAUGAACAUACCAGCAGAUCAGGAAAUGAAGACUCCAUGGAAGGGACACCAGGAAACUUUUCACUUCAGCUGCAAGGAGAAAGUGACCAGAUGGAAGAGCCUGGCAAAAAGUCAUCACAGCUGAGGACUUCAGGCCAGAAGAGAAGAGUAACAGGCGUAAAGGAUGAAACAAGAAUAAAUGAAUGGGAAGAGGAAGAUUUCUUCUGGCAUACAAGGAUUCUACCAAUUCUGCGUGAACUGGAAAGAAGAGAAGACAAUAUAGAACACCUUUGUCUAGCUUGUACCAAGCUCCAUCAAGCAUUGGGUGAUGGAAAUAUGCUUGGAAAAAGAUUUAAAAGAAGAAACAUCCUUCUGAAGACAUUAUAUAAACUCGUAGACAUUGAUUCAGAUCCACUUUCCCUGAAGCUGGCAAAGAUUAUUCUGGCUAUGAAAGUAGAUGGAAAAAAUCUUGUUAGUGUUUGCAAGCUAGCAUUUAAAAUUUGUAGGAAUGAAAACAAUUAUUUCAUCAUUCAAAAUGAUACAUUAUUGGAUUAUUUGUUGCAGGUUCUGUGGAAUGAAGACCUACAAACAAACCAUGAAGCUCUUGUCUAUUGCAUGGCAGCUAUAAAAGUCAUGUCUGAAAAGGAAGUACUCCGUUUAAAAAUGGUCAGCAAAGGAGCUAUUGAAAUUUUUCUGGAAUUGAUGAAGCAGAUUAAUGACAUAAAAGAACAUGACACAUAUUUCUCCAAGCUGGGCCUCUUAUUAGUCCAGCUGACGGCCACCCUGCGGAUCCUGGCCAACUGCGCCCCGGCGCGCCGCCAGCUCAGCCCCAGCGCUGCCAUCCCCCAGCUCUGCGUGGCGCUGGAGCAGCGCAGCAGCGACAAGGACGUGAGCAUCUGGAUUGUCAGCGUCCUCAGCAAACUUUCUACCUACAAUGACUUCUGUGCAGCUUUAGCAGACUGCUCCAGAUGUUACAUUGUAUUUUUAGCCCUGCUAAACAAAUACCAGAAGCAGCAGGAUUUGGUUAUCCGUAUCAUCUUCAUUCUUGGGAAUUUAACAGCAAGGAAUGACCAGUCCCGGGAGCAAUUUUUUAAAGAAAAAGAAAGUGUUAACACCUUGACAUCAUUAUUCCAAACCUACUAUGAACUUGAUUUGAAUGCACUGACAUGGCACCAAGAUAGAAAAGGAAAAAACCAACCAAAGUAUCCUUCAGAAGCAGAAGAUAUUCUGAUAAAACUGAUCAGAGUGCUGGCCAACCUCUCCAUUCACCCUAGAGUAGGUGCAGCUCUGGCAGUUGCCCAUCCUCUUGUAGGAUUACUUGUUACAAUACUAGAAUACAAGUCAGUCGAUGAUUGUGAAGAGUUGGUCAUCAAUGCUGCAAGAGCAAUCAACAAUUUGUCCUACUACCAAGUGGAGAAUUCUGCAGUUCAGGAGAAGCAGCUACACAUUGCUGAAAUGCUUUUAAAGCUGUUAAUGAGUGACAAUAUGGAUGCAGUUGUGGAGGCUGUCAGAGUCUUUGGCAAUCUUUCCCAGCAUCAUGAGAUCCGUGACUUCAUCAUGCAGAAAAAGAUAUACAAGUUUGUGAUUGCUUUGCUGGAUUCCAAGGACCGAGAGGUCUGUUUUCCUGCCUGUGGAGUUCUGCUCAAUCUCACAGUAGAUGAGAACAAACGAGCUUUUCUCAUGGAAGAAGGAGGAAUUGAAAAGUUGAUUGACUGCUUACAAGACUUUGGGCCAGCAGACUGGCAGCUCUCAUGUUUGAUCUGCAAAACCCUGUGGAACUACAGCGAGAACACAGCGAGCGCGGCCUCCUGCUUUGGAGGGAACACCAACACCCUGCUGAUGCUGCUCAUAGCACUUCUGGAUGAAGAGGUAGAGUUGGAGUGCAGCCUUGACAAAGAUAUAAAGGACUGCCAAAGAAUAUAUUGGGAAAGAGAGUUCAAACCCGUGGCAGCAAAACUUCUUGACAGAAUUCAAAGCCAUCACUCUUCCAGCUGAGUCUAUCACUCCAUUUUAAUCAGUCGGGGUGUUUUUAUCAGCAUUGACUUUAAGUGAGGCCAAGAAAUACCUUUUCAAAGAAAAACUGAAGGACAUAAACUUAAUGGAUUCAAUAUCUGGGAGUUAAUAACAGGAAAUGGGAGGUGUAAUUCAGGCUGUAACCCAGCAGCAGAGCUUUUAGGCUUUGAUAAAAAAACUCUUUUGGAGCUAUCCAUGCCAGAAGGACCAGGGGACUGGAAAGAGCCUGGGCCAGCCAGAGAGCUGUUCCAAGUCUGCUGCCAAGGGAUGAAUGGACUGUGUACCACUUUGCUGCCUCUCGGGGAUACAGGCAGUACUGACUGCAGUUGAGGUGAAGCUGUACCAUUGUCAUGUCUAACCCCCUGUACUGCUCAGAACUUGCCCAGUCUAUGUCAGCUGUUACCCAGCACACAGGCAUGAGGAAAGGCGAGAUUAUUUCAGCCCAGGAACACACCACUUCCCAAUGACUUGACUGUGAGCAGAACCCCAGGAGCACCAGCUAAAGCUUAAGCUGUGGCUGUCAGGGAGACACUGAUGUGGGGCUGUCCCUCAGCACACACACCAACUGUACCUUCUCAGAGUGUUCAAACUGUCUCCAGAAGCUAUCAUACAUUCUUUUUGUGGUCUUUUCAGGAGUGCAAACCACAGUCUUGAUAUAAACUUUAAAGCUGCGGUCCAACAACUGAUUAAUUUCACCAUAGUCGUAAUCAUCGUAUCUGUUUGGAAUUGAAAGAAAAACACUUUCAUUUUCAAGCAGCAGUUAUUUCACUUGCAUUGUUUCUAAGUUCCUAUGGCAAAACAAAUUAUUGGGUAAGUGUAGCACUAGUGGCCCUCCCCCAUAAGCAAAAAUAUGUUUAGAAGUAUAUGCAUGUUUGCUUAAUAAAUAGUUCUGGUUCAACCUGAGAAAGAAAUGCCAAUGUGUUUAGAAUAAAAAGAGUAAAACUGACCUUAUUCCAAACAUACAAUGAAUAUAGUUCCAAAUAGCUCGUCUUAGCAUUGAGGUAUCCACAUCUUUGUGCAUGGCCAUUGUGUUGUAAGUCAGAUUAUAAGCAAUAUGAAACUUCUCAUCAAGUAGUUGUCCCACAUCUGGAUAAAGACGAUUAACCAAGGAAUAACCAUGGUCUUCCCAGGAAUAAUCCUUAGAAUAAGUAAAAAUGCAGAAUGAAGCAUUUCAGAAAUAAACUUGUGAAGAACCAGAGUUUUAGUAUAGUAAAGAUCCCAGGGCAGAUAAUCCACUGGGGGUAGGGGUCAUUCAUUUGCUGGCUUGAUUUAAGCCUCACCCACGGGGCAGUGAGAACACAGCCAUUUCCAGGUUUGGUAUCUGGCACAGGUUGUUCCCUGAGCCCCCUGAUGGCAGCCCCCAGCCUCUUACCUGAACACGAAAGGUGGGCACGUGCAUUCCGUGUCGGGAGAAGUCUUUGUAACCAUAGCUGGUGUCCUCAAAGUGCCGAGACACAUCUCUUGUUGCUGCAGAUUCUUCAUCUUCUGUUAAUGUCAAACAGAAUUGCACACAAUUUGGAUAGAACAAAUUGGAAGUGUAUGAGCAAAACUCCUGCAGAAGAAUGGGUCUCUGUGCUUUUUAAUCAAACACAUUUUCACUGGAUUAGCGGUUUUAAGAUUCUCUGGUACAGUUCUGUGACUGCAGCUAUGGUGUUCAGAGGUAACUCCAUGAAAAACACUCAGGUUUUUUCUUACAGACAAACAUUUUUUCUCCCUUCUCUUGUACUGCAGUCUUCACCCUAUCCCCUGAAUCUAGGGGAUGUUUUCCCCCUAACUCAAAAGUCUGUAAAAAUAUCAGGGGGAAAACUGGUUUGAAACAGAGAGCUUAUUAAAAGAGAGACUCCCAUGUCAAGUGUGUCUUAGAGGAAAUUGUAUUGAAGAGCCCAUUACAAGCCUAAAUUUGUAAAAGAUUAAGUAUUGUCUCUCGGUCAUCUGAAAAGUAGCAUUACAUACACUUAAAUAGCAAAGCAUGUCAAAUGUCUAGUUUUUAGAACAUCUUGCAAGAUGCUUAAAUCUCCUGUGCAAUUUCUAAAACUUUCAAGAGAGAGAUUCCAUUUCUUCUGGAGGUUUCUAUUAAACACAAUUUUGGUCAGAGUGUUAUGGUGUGUCUGCAAGCAGACACAAAUCUUGGCACUACUUUGCUUUUAAGUGUUCCUGGAAGAAAACAAGGCAUCUCUAAUACUGAUUCCUUCAAAGAAAUGGUAAUGUUUGUGUGACA